AUGGCCCCAAAGAAGCUCCCUACAUUCGACGACUUGCCCUUGGAUAAGAACGGCCCCCCAGGCAAUGCUUGGGGUCUCUGGGGACCGGACGAUCAGCUGGGUAGGCUCAACUUGCUUACGCCAGAGACCGUUUGCGCAGCAGCGAGUGAGAUAAGGGAAGGGAUCAGGAUAUCUUUGGACUGGCCACUUGACAAGAUUUCUCACCCGCCAUUUGGGAGACAAGCUCUGGAGCACCGAAUACUCAACAAAGCUCCCAUGACGAUGAAUGACGAUGUAAUCACGUUGAAUACGCAGAGUAGUACACAGUGGGAUGGGUUCAGGCACUAUGGUUAUCAAAGAACUGGGCAGUUUUACAUGGGCCACGAACAGGAGGAAUUCGGUACAGGCUCACAGAGUCUUGGGAUCGAGGCCUAUGCCAACAACGGCGGCAUCAUCGGUCGUGGUGUUCUUAUAGACUGGUACUCCUGGUCCCAACGCAACAACAUCUCCCUCUCCCCAUUUCAGACCAACGCCGUAGAAAUGUCUCACAUCCACGCUAUUAUCGCCGAAGAGAACAUCGAAUUCUGCCAAGGCGACGUCCUCUUCAUUCGCGUCGGCUUCACAGCACAUUACAACAUCCUCACCCCCAAAGAACAAGAGAACUUUCCCAACCGCCAGCCCGGAGGUCUUUUGGGUCUCGAAGCUACUAAAGAGUCCCUUAGAUGGCUCUGGGACACCGGCUUCUCAGCUAUUGCAUCUGAUGCAGCUGGCUUUGAAAGAGGCCCUGCGACUGGGGCUUACAAUCAUCCUGACGUUAGUAUUCAUCAAUGGGCUUUGGCGGGAUGGGGAAUGCCGAUCGGUGAGCUCUUUGAUCUGGAGGAGUUGGCAGAGAAGUGUAGGGACAGAAAGCGUUGGACAUUCUUCUUGACGAGUGUUCCGCUCAAGGUACCUGGCGGAGUUGCCAGUCCUGGAAACGCAGUAGCGAUAUUGUAG